CUCUCUGUGUAGUCAAAAUUAGGGUUUAUUCAAUCCAAAGGAAGAGUAUUUUUCGAGAAUUCUGUAGUUCAAAAUCCAGAGAUCAUGUCGGCGUCAACGGUGUCAAUCACCGCUAGUCCUACGAGGGCAAUUAGGCGGACGCCGGUUCUCUCCGGUGAGAAGAAAUCCAAUUUUGAUUUCCCGCCGAGCGAAUCUCAUGCCAAUGCGGCAAUUGGAGAGUCCUCCGCUGGUACGAACAAGGAUCUGAUUCGCUCCGAGGCUGCCGCUGAGAGAUCUAACACCUACGACGUAGGUCCGGUGACUAGGAAAUCAGGAUCCACCGCGACGGGGACUAAUACAACCACCACGCAGCGUCGAACGCGGAAGGCUCAGGGGAAUAAGACAGAUAAAGGGCAGUGGAAGACAGUGGUUAGGGUAUUCGUGAAGCAAUUUGGGGCUCUUUUGUUACUUGUUGGAUUGAUUCAAUUGAUUAGGAAAUUGACUUUGAAGGAUUCGUCUCUGUCUUCUUCGAAUUUUCCAAUUGAAACGGAAAUGGUGCUUUCGGAGUUGGAGAGUCGGAUUUCGGCUGUUGAUGGUUUGGUAAAGACUACGACGAAGAUGAUGCAGGUUCAAGUUGAAUUUCUUGAUAAGAAGAUGGAAAGCGAAUCAAGAGCAUUGAGGCAGACGAUAGAUUCCACAUCUUCUGUGUUGCAGAGUGGGUUGAAGAAGGUAGAGUCUAAGACAGAUAGAUUACAGGUUUCUGUAGAUGAGUUAAAUGCUAAACCUUUGGUGUCUAGAGAGGAAUUAGAGAGAGUUUACGAGGAGUUGAAGAAGGGUAAGGUCGGUGAUUCUGCUGUUAACAUUGAUGAAUUGAGGGCUUAUGCUCGUGACGUAGUGGAGAAAGAGAUUGGAAAGCAUGCUGCUGAUGGCCUUGGCCGAGUAGACUAUGCGUUAGCGUCUGGUGGGGCUUUUGUAAUGGGGCAUUCGGAUCCGUACCUUGUUGGAAGUGGGGGUAAUUGGUUUGGGACAAGCAGGCGGCGGGUUCAUAGCAAAGCGGUUAAGAUGUUAACUCCGAGUUUCGGGGAGCCUGGACAGUGUUUUCCUCUGAAAGGAAGCAACGGAUAUGUUCUAGUCAGGCUAAGAGCACCAAUAAUUCCAGAGGCCGUUACCUUGGAACAUGUCUCUGAGGCUGUGGCGUAUGACAGAUCGAGCGCCCCAAAGGAUUGCCGGGUAUCAGGAUGGCUAGGUGACAUAGAUAUGGAGACUGAAACCAUGCCCAUUCUUACAGAAUUCAGUUACGACUUAGACAGGUCCAAUGCACAGACAUUCGACAUUGCAGAUUCUGCUCACUCGGGACUUGUCAACACUGUCAGGCUCGACUUCAGUUCCAACCAUGGAAGCUCUUCGCACACUUGCAUCUACCGCUUCAGGGUUCAUGGCCGUCAACUAGACUCAGUCUCUGUUGUUCAUGCUUAAUCUGAAGUCCACGUGAAACUUUUCUUCUAUUUGUAACAUUCCCUCUCAUAGAUUAUCUCUCUUUUUUUGUUAGUUUGUGUGGUGGGAAAAGCUUCUAGUCUGUAAUCAGAAUCAUUUGGUUGUAUUCGUGAUUAUUAGUUUUCAAA